AUGGACCCUGUAUCCACGAUAGCGAGUGUCAUCACUCUUGUAGGCGCGACUGGCGGCACGAUAAAAGUCAUCCACGACACGAUAACUUCAAUCAAGGACGCCCCUAAAGACAUCCGACGACAAUGCAAGCGUCUUGAGUGUCUAUGCGUAACGCUCAAUAGCAUAGUGCGCACAUGCCAGCAUCUUCCUGAUGAUUGCCAGGUGGACAUUGAUCUAUGUGGUAUAGAAGAGUUUAUCGAGGAGGCCCAAGUACUGGAAGCCAACCUCAGUGAUAGGAGGACUCGAGUAGCCGGCAGAAAUAUUGCAAAGCUUCACGAGAGCUGCAAAUGGCUCUUGUUCGAUCGGCAGCUCAAGCGAUUUUUCGAGUCUCUUGACCAAUGGGAUUCCGUUCUUCCCCAAGCUCUCCUGGUCGUUCAAAUUGCGCUAUCGAAUCGGAUCUUAACACACACGUCGUCGUUGAUAAGCCUAUCACACUUCACCCUACCUACUCCAGCAAUCGCUCCGCAGACCUCGAUCGUACCUCACUACGACACACAAACUAUUGAGAGGGGUGAUAUAGGAUAUCUGCAACAACAAUUGUCAUCCAAAGAGUUAUACCUAUCGGACUGUUCCGAUGGAGGAUAUAGCUUGCUGCACUUUGCCGUGGGCUACAACAGGCCCGCCAUUGUUUCGAUGUUGAUCAAUGAGGGUCUUGAAGCCGAUGUGCGAAACGAUUGUGGCCAGACACCGCUCCAUGUAGCUGUUCAACAGGACAGAGACUUCGAGUGUGCUCGCUUACUACUGAAACAUGGCGCAGACGCAUUCCAACAGGAUGCCCAAGGUCGGAGUGCAUUGCACUACUUCUACAACGAAGUGGUGCGGCAGCUUCUACUGUACUACGCUGAUGAAAUUGAUCCUUGGAUGCAAGACCAGCAAGGCCGACUAUACUGCAUUGGGCAUCUUGGAGUAGUAGAUCCUCACAUGAAGUCCUGA